CGCCCUGCAACAAAGACGCGUCUUUACUGAUUUUGUCUUGCGUACCAGACAUCCACGAUGAGCAACCCGAAAACUGGCCCUGUGGCUCUCAGAGACUGGGAGCGCGCGGACAAGGUCAAUCUCGAAGUCGUCACCUAUGGAUGGGAGGGAAGACGUGCAUUGGUCCGUAUGCACCUCCCGAUGGACCGCGAUAUCCAACGCCUCCACGACGCGACCCGGGGACUCAUCCGCGAUAUCAAGCACUCCCGCUUCUGGAAAUGCGAAUUUUGCUCGCGACCGUCUCGCGAAACGCAGGUGCAGACGUCCACCUGGGUGCGCGUCGACCCCCCGCGCAUGGCCAUAUACAUCCACCACGUCUGCGACCACGACCGCAUGAGCUGCUUCAAGCAGAUGGAAGAGGUGCAUAUGGCGAUGCUUAGGCUGGACGGUCGCCCGGAGACGCCGCUCCCGCGUCCGCCGCGCAAGCCGGAGGGCGAGGUGUACCCGCUCGCGGGGGCGUGUGCGGGCUGCCAGGAGGACGAGAGCAUGGACAAGGAGAUGCGGCGGUGCGGGGGGUGCAAGGUUACGCGGUAUUGCAGCGUCGCGUGCCAGAAGGAGGACUGGCGCCGACAUAAACCGACCUGCAAGCAGAUCGUUUCCGUCACCUUCGAUGACAGCGAGGAACCGCGAUGAGGGCCUUAUUUGUACUACUGGAGCUGCGCUUCUCGAACCUAACGCAAACCUAGUAUGGCGUAUAGUAGCUUCGUCGCAUAGUCGUCGAUCGAUAGCAGCUAGUACCGGGAUGCUCGUCAGGGACGUCUCACAUCCCC